ACAAAAUCGGACCAAACUGGUGUUGACGCUAGCCUAACCUUGCGACGCGGCGGCGAGGCGGUGCGUACAGGAGACUCGUCCUAAGUCAGACUACGAUUUGCAACAAAUGGGUUACAUCGACCCCAAGCUCGUCGAAGGCGCGGCCGCGCUCGUCGAAUCCUUCACGUGUGCCAUUUGCUUUAACCUCUUCGAAAAGCCGCGGACCGCGUGCUCCAAGGGCCACACCUUCUGCGCGGAGUGUCUCACCGCCGCGCGCGCCCGGGCGCCCGAUAAUUGCCCGACGUGCCGCGAGGACUCGGAGCUUAACGUGCCAUCAAAACCGCUCGAGAACAUGCUCGACGAGCUCCGGAUCCGCUGCUGCCACGGCCCCGACGCGGCGACGGCGGAGGAGCGCGGCGCGAAGCGCCAGAGGACGGGCGCGGCCGACGCGCCGGAGGAGGUCGUCCCCGGCGACUGCUGCAAGUGGAUUGGCCGCGUCGCCGACUACAAAGGGCACCUCGCGAACGACUGCCAGCUCGCGCCGCACGCGUGCCCGUUCUACGGCUGCGACUUCAAGGGCACGCGCAAGGAGCUCGCCCAGCACUACGUCGACGCGGCCGCCGAGCACGCGUCCGAGGCAUGCGCGAAGAUAGAGAGCCUCGAGGCCCUGUUAGAUGAGACGGUCGACGACGUGAACGCCGUGAAUGAACAUAACAACACUCUCGGCGAGCGCUUGUUGACCCUCAGCAACCGGACUGAUGGUCACGAUGCAGGGACACCGCAGCUGGAGCAGCAGGCGAGUUCGCUCAAGUUCUUUCAAAACUGCACCGUCGUAGACGUGGACUUCGCCCUGGAAGCCCAAGCGCUGAACGCUGUUUACAGAGGUAGUGGGACGCGGACCAUCGAGCUGGCGUCGUGCAGCGUCUGGAGCGGCCUAGAUAUGCAGCUGAGUUGGCUCGUGCGCAAGUGUCCAGAACACGGUACAAAAACUCAUAGCUUAGUCCUCGAGUUAGUGCCGCUCUGUCCCAAUGACCGUGAACUCAUUACUUGCUUUGGCAAGCUUGCGCCCGUCGACGAAGAAGGCAAGACGGUUCAAUAUACUUUAAGUUCGCGUUCCAACCCGCUCCAGUUCAAGCACACGCAGCUGUCAAACGCGCUACCUUUGGGAGCUUUCGAACACGUGUUCGGCCAGGCUCGUUUCUUGCACAACACGAGCCGCUACUACCUCAAGGCCCGGCUUUACUUCAGCUCCCCGUUUCGCGAGGGCAGUCUCAACGGCGACCCUGCCUUUUGUACGAUUAACGUCCGCACACUGUGUGGUCAGAAAUGGUGCGAGAAGGUUCGUCCCGGUGAUACUGUCCUAGCGUUAAAGCAGAAGAUUUGCGACAGCAAGAAUAUCCCGGUCGCGCAGCAGCGCUUGAUAAUCAGAGGAAAGCAGUUAAAGGACGAGAAGCGCCUCUACGAGUCGAAGGUCUUCGACGGCGCAAUUGUGCACUUGGUAUUGCGCCUGGGCCGAGGCAACUAG